GUUAUAGUCGUUUGAAAGAGUUAUCGCAGAACAGAAUGGCGGAACCUUACAAGCCGGCAGCUCGAAUAAUGAGCGAUAAAAUGGAAAAACGCUUUUCGAAGGAUGUAUUGUACUGGCGGCGCAUGGAGCGUUUGGCAGUCUUUCAAGAGCCAGGUAAUAUCUCCAGCACAUCUUUCUCUCCAACAGAUAGUAAUGUGGUCGCUAGUACUUCUUCUGUCAAGUUAGCAGUUUAUGACGCAACAAUUUGUGAACCCCUGGCAACAUACGGACGUUUCAAACAAGCUGUUUAUGGUGCAAGAUUUCGUCGUGAUGGUAAACUGUUGGCAGUUGGUGACGAAGAAGGCAAAGUUCGUUUGUUUAAUGUGCGGAAACAAACAGCUACUUCUGAUGGAAGGAAAGCCCCACUAAGAAUUUUCAAAGCACACGAAAGUGCAGUCCAUACGGUAGUUUUCACAAGAUCUGGACGAACAUUGAUAACAAUGGGUGAUGAAGGUUGUAUCAAAUUGUGGGAUAUUACCGAGACGAAGUCUAUUCCAUUGAAAGUGUUCAGUGCUGUCCAUAGGGAUCAUAUUCGAUGCAGCGAUGCUUCCGUUCUUUCUGAUCAUCUAUUCGUAAGCGGUUCAUACGACCAUACAGCGAAAAUAUGGAAUGCUGAAGCAGAAGGGAAUGAAGCCUUGAUGUCUGUGGAUCAUGGCUCACCAAUUGAACAAAUUCUGCUUCUUCCCGGUGAUGCAUUCAUUGUUACGGCUGGCGGACAAUUCAUUAAAAUUUGGAAUAUUGCUUCCGGUGGUAUUUUGCAUCAUACUCUUCAUCAUCAUCAUAAAACGGUUACUUCACUUUGUCUUGCAUCGAAAGGUACUCGUCUUCUUUCGGGCGGUCUCGAUAAAAGGGUGAAUGUUUUCAGCCUUGAUAGUGGUGAUUAUAGGCUAGUGCACUCAUUCAGUUUGCCUGCUCAGGUACUCACAUUGUCGAUUUCAUCAAAUGACAAAUUUAUUGCUGUAGGUAUGGGUAAUUUAUUGCAAAUUUCCAUUCGGAAUGAACCAGGAAAGUUGGAAGAGUCUUUAGAAGCUGCGCGAGCUGAAAAUGCAGGACUUGAGUACCAUAAAAAAAUGCCUACAAAUGCACCUGUGAUAUACCAACUCCUUCGAGGUGGAACUGUAGAAAAGACUGAGUUUUCUGCUGCCCGCGUUCCACAGGCCAAAUUGAGUAAAGUUGAUUUGUUGUUGCGACGAUUUAAGCACUGGAAAGCAGUCGAUGUUCUAUUUCGUGAAAAAUAUUAUAAGUCACGUCCUGAUAUUAUUGUCGGAGCAUUAAUGCAGAUUUACAAACGCGGAGCAUUAACAGUGGCACUGUCAGGGCGUAACUCAGAUACUAUCCAUCCAAUACUUGUUUUUUAAUGCAGAAUUUCUUUCGGCCCGAAUAUCUGCAUAUAUUACUCAAGACAAUGACCAUUAUGUGUGACAUUUAUGGGAAUGAGAAUGUCGAACGAAGAAUUGCUAAAAUGUUUUCUAAACUUCAUCGCGCAGUUCAACGAGAAAUUGAAAUUCGUAAUAAGUUAUCUGAGUUACGUGGGAUGUUAGAUAUGCUCAUUCAAGUAUCGGAAAUGAAUACUGGGAAAUUGAUAGAUAAUCGAGAUGUUGAAAUUUUUGGUGAAGUCGUCGUAACUCCUAUUCCGUUUACAAUGGAUGUCAAUGGACGAAGCAAAGAUAACGGUCUUUUUAGUAGUACUACCUAAAGUUGCCUUUGGAAAUUUGUCUUCUGAACAAGCCUUCAACUUUCAGUUUUAAAUGAAAUUAAAGUAUAGUGAUACAGCGUUUUUCCUUUUUGGUGAAGUAUUGCUUCGUUGAUAUUUUUCUGUCGUAUCUGAUACUAAUAUUUACACGGAAAUAUGAUGUGUCAGGUAUUGUUUGGUUACGGAUUAGUUUCCAUCAGUUUGUCUUUUCCUCUUUGCGAAGAAUCUUUGAUUAGAGCAGUCUUGUCUUUGAGGUUGUUCUGUCGAUUUUUUGACUCCAAUCAACAAAUAAUUUCUGAUUUAUCCAAAAAUGAUCACUUAAAAUUGACAAAAGAAGCGAUAAUAAAA